GCGGCGGUGCAGCGAGCCUCGACGGACACAACCGGGGGGUUUGCGGUUAGGUAGCAGGAAAUUGUUUUCACUGUGGGGGUGGUAAGACGUUGGAGCUGGUUCCCGGGAAGGUGCUGAAAUCUUCAUCCUCGGAGAUGUGCAAAACUUGCCUGGACGAGGAGGCCCUGGCCCACCGGGUCCAUCUUGGAAGGUGGCCCCGCUCUGAGCGGGGCUUGGACCAGAUGACAUCCAGGAGUCCUUUCCAACCUCAGUUAUUCCACAGUUUUGUUACACAUCUAGGGUAUUUGUGCGUCUGGUCCAGCUCUCAUGUUGUACAUUCAAGCAAGAGACAUAGCUUUAGUGGACUUCAUAAAUUAUCUGUGUAGCAGCUCUGUAAGUACCUCCUUACAGGUUAAUCAUCAGAGAGCUAGCAAAAGCAUAUAUGGUCUUAUGAUAUCUAGUUUAUAGUAUCUCUUCCAGGUCUUCCUUUACAUAAGCAGGACUUUGAACUACAUCAUUGAUUGUAUGAUUUUGCAGACCGUAUCUGUGAUAAAGGAGAUCGCUAGAUUACCAAAAUGAUAAAUAAAAGCCCGUGCUUGUUGAGUUGCCUCAGAGAUGUGUGUAGAUUGGGGUGUUUACAAAUAAUUUCUCCCGAAAACUGAGCAACUAAUAUAGUAGCAGUUACCCAUGCUAACCGUUUCGAGCUUGUGAAUAUCAAAUCAACCCAAUUUAUUUUUUUUGGUUUGUUUGUUUUUAAUUUUAUUAAGCAAAUUACCAUGGGCAAAUUCCCUGGAGAGUUUAUUUAAAAUGUUUAUGAUCCAUAAGGAAAAGGUCAAAACAUGAUGCAGCCCAAGCUAAAGAACAGUAUAAAUGCUAUUUUUUUUACUAUAUGUGUUUGGCAUAUAAAUUCUGGAUGUAAUUCCAUGAGCUGAUUUUUUUUUUUUCCUCCUAAAUUAGUGUAGUAGCAAAGGAACUUGUGAAAGGCAGAGAACCAUGUUGAGGAAGUAUUGGGAGAUGCUGUAGCUAGACUGAUAAGUGCUCUCAUUUCAGGAUGUUUUUUAAGUUGGAAGUCAUACUCUGUUUUUGAAUGACUUUAAAGAUACUACCUGUUAUCACAUGAUUUUAAUAUAAUUAUAAAAAAUUAGCUUAACGUCCAUCUAAUCUUAUUUUUAUGGCCCCUUCUUUUUUACCCCAGAAAAAAUAAUUUUAGCAGGAUGAGGUUCAAUUAGUUUUGUCUCUAGUGUGGACAAUAGCGAUAUGGCCUAUCUUCACAUGAUAUUCGUUCACGCUUUGUACAUGCACCAACAGUUGUACGCAGAUGAUCGGUUGCAUACUGUACUCUCUUGGCAGUCAGUGGCUUAGUUAUCAGCAUCUUAUGUAGCUGUGGUCACGGUAUUCUGCAAGUGCCUAGUAGUCUUUAAUCAGCAUCCCAAUAUCCUGUAUGUUUUUAGGUGUUUACUUUGAUUCCGAAUUUACAUUCAGGUAGUUAUAGAAAAUAACUUUUCUAGUUUUAGAAAAUAACAAAUUCGCCCUGUGUUAUCCAAGAAAAUCCAGGAAUAGCACAUCUCCCGUGUUCUUAAUGUCCUGCUUUCUGGACCAACCUUUGUCUGAUGACUUGCUCUGAAUAAGAGCUGCCGUUCUGCAUCUGGCCCCACCCUCUGCUAACAGAGUUAACAAGUUUAGAGUGUGAAAAACUGUCAGAGAGCAAGUUUUGUUCCAUAAAUCUCAGGUGAAAAUGAUAACAAAUGGCUGGCUUCACACUAGUAAAGACUUUAGAAAGAAGUGGUGUGAAAACUGAAUUGCUUCCCAUCUGGUCUAAGCGGUUUCUUAUAGUAACUCAUAGCUUUGCACUUUUCUGGCUUGUUUCUUUACAGGGAAAGUGAAGAGCCUGACAGGCAAUAUAUCAGCAUAAAAGUUAGCGCUAUUCAUUAAGAAUAUGAAUGACAGUUGUGUAACUAGGAGCCUCAUAAAAUGGCCAGGAAUGGUGGAUUUCCCCCUGUCUGCUUUACAUAUCUCCUACCUUCCAACAUAGUGAAUACUUCAGUAUAUUUUUUUGUAUUAAAAAUAUAUGCCCUUUCACAGAAGAAGACUUCUCAAAGAGUUAUAGUAAACAUAAUUCAUAGUGCCAUAGGAUAUCAUUCAAAGACGAUACGUUUUCUGAAUGUGGCUUUUGACAGUUGUGGAGAUUCUCUGCUUGCUGGAGACCACCAAGGAAAUAUUUAUGUUUUUGACUUGAAUGGAAACAGGUUCAGCCUUGUCCAGCGAACAAUGCAGGCUUGCACUGCUUUGGCAUUUAAUCUUCGCAGGAAGACAGAAUUCCUUGUGGCUUUGGCAGAUUAUUCCAUUAAGUGUUUUGAUACAGAAACCAAGGAACUGGUUAGUUGGAUGAGAGGACAUGAUUCUUCCGUGUCUUCCAUCUCUGUCCAUGGCUCGGGCAGGUACGCCAUCACUACAUCUCCUGAUACAGCACAGCUCUGGGACUUGGACACCUUUCAAAGAAAAAGAAAGCUGAAUGUUCGUCAGUCUGUGGAUAUACAGAAGGUUUUCUUUCUUCCGCUGAGUAACACCAUCCUCAGCUGUUUUAAAGAUAACUCGGUUUUUGCCUGGGAAUUUGAUACUCUCCACUGUAAAUACCAGUUGCCAACUCCGGUAGAAGGUUCUGCAUUGCUUUAUAAGGUCUUUGCAGUUACCAGAGAUGGUCGGAUUUUUGUAGCUGGUGGAAAAUCAAAUCAUCUUCACUUGUGGUGUUUAGAAUCAAAGCAGUUGUUAAGAAUAAUCCAGAUGCCUACAAAAGUACGGGCUGUCCGCCAUCUGGAAUUCCUCCCUGAUAGUUUUGAUGGAGGCUCUAAUCAGGUUCUUGGAGUGUUAAGUCAAGACAAUAUUAUGAGGUUUAUCAAUAUAGAAACAUGCAAGCUUCUUUUUGACAUCGGGAGUCAUGAAGAGGGAAUUAGUACAGCAACGAUUAGCCCCAGUGGACGGUAUAUUGCAUCAGUAAUGGAAAAUGGUAGCCUUAAUUUGUACAGUGUCCAAGCUUUGACUCAAGAAGUAAAUAAGCCUCCACCACCGCUGUUCAAAGUCGUGGAAGAUUGGUCCAAGUGGAAGUUGGGAGCAAAUAAGCAUACAAUGAGGGUAACUUCAGGAAGGUCAGAGCGGCCUUGGAAAUCCAGAGGAAGCAAAAUUCAAACCAGAUUGCUGAAACCACAAGUCAACGGGUCACUUGAAAAUAAAGAGAAUGAAUUGCCAGGUGGAUUAAACAAGAAACGUCUGCAGGCCUUGUUGAAAGGAUUUGGGGAAUAUCCGGCAAAAUACAGGAUGUUUGUUUGGCGCUCCUUAUUACAGCUUCCUGAAAACCACUUAGCAUUCAGUAGCCUAAUAGAUAAAGGCACCCACAGUGCAUUUGUGCAUAUUCAGAACGAGUAUCCCAUCAAAAGCAGGAAGCUGCUGAGAGUUUUACAAAGGACCUUAUCAGCUCUAGCUCACUGGUCUGCUAUCUUUGGUGAGACACCUUAUAUCCCUUUGCUAGCGUUCCCAUUUGUAAAAUUAUUUCAGAACAACCAGCUGAUCUGCUUUGAGGUUGUUGCUACUGUAGUAGUUAAUUUUUGUCAGCGCUGGUUUGAGUAUUUUCCCAAUCCUCCAGUUAAUGUCCUUAGUAUGGUGGAAAAUAUUUUGGCACAUCACGACAAAGAACUACUUCAGCAUUUGAUAAAAUACAACGUGACUUCACAGGUUUAUGCCUGGCCUCUUCUAGAAACACUGUUCUCCGAGGUUCUAACAAGAGAAGAAUGGCUGAAAGUCUUUGAUAAUGUCUUCUCCAACCAUCCUUCAUACUUCCUAAUGAUUGUUGUUGCGUAUGCUGUAUGUUCCAGAGCUCCAUUGCUUCACUGUAUUCAAACAGAGGAUUUUGAGUAUUUCUUUCAUCAUCGGAACAACCUGGACAUUAAUGUCGUGAUUAAAGAAGCUUAUCGUCUUAUGGAAUCUACACCAGUAGAUAUUCAUCCACAACGUAUGCUUGAUGACUUCAUACCACUUACAAAAGGGCAGUACCCUGUAUUUAAUAAAUAUCCCAAGUUCAUUGUGGAUUAUCAAACUCAGGAACGAGAGAGGAUCAGACAGGAUGAAAUUGCAUAUUUACGAGAGAGACAGUUAGCGCAUGAAUUGGAAGCUAAAGCACAGGAAUGGAAAACAGAAGAUGAAGCUUGGUAUCGGAAGCAGGAACUGCUUCAAGAAGCUGAAGAACAGAGGAGAAAAAUGCUGCUGGAAGAAGAAGAGAAGCUGGCAGAACAGAGGCAGAGACUAGCUGCUAUGAAAAGAGAACUGAAAGCAAAGGAACUGCAGUUGCUAGAAGCUGCAAGACAACGUUUCCUGAAAUAUCAGCAAGAUCAGCGUCAGAUGGAAAUCAAACGUCUUGAUGAGGAAAUUGCAAGAAAGGCAUCCAUAAGAGAGCAAGAAACAGCUGCUACCGCUCAAGAUGUUGAAAUACGGCAGAUGGAACUUGAAUCACAAAGACAACUUUUUGAACAGCAUCUUAUCAAAGAUCAAGAGACAGUAAUGCAGGAAAUGAAAGGAGAGAUAGAUACCAGUCGAAGAAAGGCUGAUCUGGAAGAUCAUCUUGUUCAGAAAUGGAUGGAAGUAGAUCGAGAAGAAAAACAGAAAGCUCGGAUGGUAGCUGAAGAAAACUUAGCCAAAGCAGAGCAGAAAUGCGUUGACACCGACUGGAGGAUGCAAGCAUUGAACAAACUAAGGUGUGACGAUCAGGACCGUGAGGAGCAUUAUAAAGAGAUAGCCAAGCUCCUUCAUGACAACAGAGUAAAAGAAGCUGAACUGCUGAGGGCUCUGAGGGAGGCAGAAGAAAAAAAGUGGGAAGAAGUUACGCGGAAAAAGGCUCAACUGGAGGCAGAGCAGAAGGCAGCUGCUGCUGCAGAUGAACACAGGAAACAGUUUUUAGAAGAUGAAAUGAAUGAUGCGUUACAAUUGGCUGAAAAGCUGCAAAAAGAAGAUGGCUAUUUUGAAAGACUGCGUGAUUUAAAGGCUGGACGUACAGAGAGAGGUUUAGAAUUCCAGCAGGUACCAAAGUCUAGAAACGUCUGUCUGAACGAUGUAUCUGUGUCACAGUCAUCGUCACAUGUUUCUUUAGAUAGAAGGCGAGAAGAACUGGCAUGCAAAGAGCAAGAACUGAUGGCAGAAGUCAGACAGCUCAGACAAAAGCUUACUUCACGGGCUCGAGCUAGACAUUUUCCAACUCGUUUCCCAGCUACAAAGUGGACGCCUUGAGAUGGUUUGCUCUGGAUCUCAGCUGGACAUUCAGAUCAAUCACUGAAACACUAAAUAUGUAUAGUGUGAUCAAGGACUAAUCAUAGAUUAUUAUAAAGGUCUUUGGAAAUAUUUUUAUAUAAAAAUAAAACACAAGGUAGAAAAUGUGUGUUGUGUUUGCAGCCUUCUCGUUAUUUUUUUACUAA